AACAAAAUUCUAGGCUGUCAAAAUUAUCAUUCCAUUUCCAAACAGGUUACGAAAAGCAGUCCCUAUUUUCUUUUGUCGUAAUCUUUUUUUAUUCAGUUUGUGUCGCCAAGCGACCAAACCAAUCCUAAUCCGUCAUACAAACAAUAUGCCCAAAAACCCGCUGAACACACGAAAUUUUCAAACGUGGUUCGUGGUAAUCGUGUGCCACAGAUUGUAUACAGAGCCAGGCAUCGAUUUCCCAGGGCGCAUGACAGGAUUCCCGCCUUUUCGUCAGUACCGCGCCACGCUUGACGUAAGACGCACGCGAUGCGCGCUCGCGCCCGACAAAAUAUUGUAAUGAAUAAAAUCUAGUGAAAAUCAAUUAAAAUUUGACAGUGCUGGCUAUUUGUAGCGCUUGUACACUGUAUCUUAGCAGCACACACAAGCCGCGGGGGUGAAUCAGCGCCGGCGACACAUUGUUUUCGCGUCCGAUAACAACGAAUCAACAGUUUGAACGAGUCCACAUAAAGUUCAAAUUCCCUAUAAUGUGCAACACGGUGGUUCGGUUCGCGGUGCCCGAAGUCACUUCGUCUGUUUCCGGCUAUGUCCGUAGCUGUCAAUGAGAGUGCAAGAUGGCUGAAAAGGUCAGCUGAUCAGAAAGUCGCCCGCGCCAGGCUCGCAGCGAGAGGCGAAUUAAGCGCAUCAUGCAGGUGUUUGGCGAAUGGGCUCAAGUGGAAGUGGUGGAGCUGGUGAACGAUGGGUCGGGGCUGGCGUUCGGCAUCGUGGGGGGGCGCUCCUCCGGGGUCGUGGUCAAGAGCGUGCUGCCAGGCGGUGUGGCCGACAGGGAUGGUCGCCUCCGCUCGGGCGACAUGCUGCUCCGCAUCGGCGCUGUGUCGGUGGUGGGCAUGUGCGCGCGGCAGGCGGCGGCCGUGCUGCGCCAGUGCGGGGCCUGCGUGCGGCUGCUGGUCGCCAGGCCGGCCACCAGCGGGGUGCCCUCCAUGCAGCCUCUAGGAGCAUCGCCAGCGCCGGUGGUCCCGUCCCGGCUGCUGGCGGACCCCAUCGAGCUGGAGCGGCGGCUCGCCGAGGCGGGUCACGACGGAUUCGGCGCGCUCUGUGAGGACACCUCGCCGCCCUCCCCGCCGCCCACCAUCAUCGAGGAGAGACUUCAUCAUCGGCCUGUGGCGUCAAUAGUGGCGGUGGUACCUCGAGGUGCACUGGCUCCCUCUCCUCGUCCACCACCAGCCUUCGUCCAGCCACCGCAACCGCAGCCACAGCCAAUGAGGUUACCCUUAGACAUGGCGGUGCGAGGAACAGGCGAGCCGGAGACACUGAGCUACGAUGUAGAGCUGAAUAAGGAUUCAGCACUUGGUCUCGGCAUAACCGUCGCGGGAUAUGUUUGUGAACAAGAGGAGCUGAGCGGUAUCUUUGUGAAGAGCAUCAGCGAAGGGAGCUCGGCAGACCUGUGCGGGAAGAUACAGGUCAACGACAGGAUUGUUGAGGUUGACGGUGUAUCUCUCCAUGGAGUGACGAACCACCGCGCUGUGGCCUUGCUGCGAGAUGCGAAGGGUCCGGUGGUGAGACUGAAGGCUUUAAGGUACCUCCGAGGCGCGGGGUUUGAGAAGUUGCAGAAGGCGCUGGCGGCGCAGGACGGGCGGAGGUCACCGAUAGCGCCGCCCAGCCCCUCCGUGACGUCACUCGCCAAGUAUAGUUUUAGUGUGUACGACGAAUCAACAGUGAUAGAAGCGGAACCAGAAUCAGGGUUGCUGCCUCACAUGCCAUCACCGAUGUCGCCGUCUGAGGAGGCCGAGAUAGUGAUAGGGAGAGACGACGAGGUGUCAGAGCGAGAGGCGAGACGCAUCCAGGACAAGUGGCGGGACAUACUGAGGCAGGAGACUGACUGGCCAGGACACCAGUACCAGUAUGAUAUCGUGGUCAGCACUAUAAUAAAAGAGAAGGACAGUGGUCUGGGCAUCUCCCUGGAGGGCACGGUGCGCGUCGUGGCCGGCAAGGAGGUGCAGGCCAGGCAUUACAUCAGGGCCAUCGCGCCCAACGGGCCCGUGGCCAGGCUCGGCAUGUAUAGGGUCGGGGACGAGUUGCUUGAGGUGAACGGCUGGCGAGUACUAGGCGCGCAUCACGUGGAGGUGGUGACGCGGCUGCGGGCGGUGACGUCACCCGUGCUGCUGGUGGUGGUGCGCAAGCGCGAGCAGUACCACGACGAGAGGCUGCCCGAGCCCGGGAUCGCCAGGAGUAACAUUCUCGGCGGUAGUCUACAAGACCUGCUGAGUCCUCCGCAGCGGCUCAUCAAGGCCAAGUCCGAGAGCUCCGUGGCGUCGCUCUGCAGCGCCACCACCAUCAUGUCCGCGCCACAUGAUCAUGAUGAAUUCUGUACGGAAGACCUGGAGCGUGUCCGGUCUCGGUCGCUGGAGCCGCUGAGCGGGCUGGCGAUGUGGAGCGACCACGUCGAGUACAUACAGCUGGUGAAGGAGGAUCGGGGACUCGGCUUCUCUAUACUGGACUAUUUGGACCCGACGGAGCCGGGCAGCUCGGUGAUCGUGGUCCGCUCGGUGGUGGCGGGCGGCGCGGCGGCGCGCGACGCGCGGCUGGCGCCCGGCGACCGCCUCGUGUCCGUCAACGGCAGCAGCGUGGCGCGCAGCCCGCUCGCCGUCGCCGUGGCCGCCAUCAAGAGCGCGCCCAAAGGCAUUGUGACGAUUGGUAUUGCUAAACCACUGCCAUGUAGUACUGUGGUUGGCGGCGAGAAGGCGAACGGGCAGAGCAUUCAGAGUAGCCAGGAAUGUAUUAACUCGCUGGGCUCGGAUGACCACACUGGGAUGGACUCCUUCCACGAAUGCUUACAAGAAUACGGAGAGGGAUUAGAAGUAGUACAAAUAUGUCUCGAACCAGAAGAAGCCUCCAUAAAGGAUGACGAACUAUCAGCACUAGGAGACCUCAGCCUUGAAGACUGCAAGAAAGACAAAAACAUCAUACUUAAUAUGAAGUCAGAAAUCAAAAUGAAUGGAGUCACAGAACUAAAAAUGUCGAAGUCAGAUGAAUCAUUAGAUGAUCAUGAUGAUGAUAUGACGAUCACUGAAGAUGAUGUUCUGGUCGCUCCCAGAGAACUACCUGAUACUAGAAGUAAGUCCGCCGAUAGGAAGGAUGACGGUGAACGGUGUUUGUCUAAACAACAGAGUAAAGACAUUUCCACGUCAGACGAAAUGGUGUUCGCUGUAACUCCGACAGGACUAGAACGCAUCAGUUUUGAUAAGUACUGGAAAGAAAACGAAGUAAAAAUAGAGAAAGAACUAGUUAAAGUCAAAAGUGACGAGAGUUGGAAAGAGUGCCUCUCCCCAAACGAAGACACAACAGUUAGUUUCUACGACGCAACCACGAGAAUUUCCGUCCAGGAAGAUAGUAAUUCCCUACUGUACAUAGAUCAUGAGAUAGACGGUUACGAAACGUGUUUAGACGACGAUUCGUCAUCACAAAAAUGCACGUUAAAAAACGGUCGUAAAAUGAACGGUGAAACAGACAUCAAAGACUUUAGUAAACACGAGAAAAUAGCAACUAAAAACAAAGACAACGAUUUAAGUGCCAAACCAGUGAUAGAGCAGAACACUUCAAACACGACAUGUAUGGAGGACGUGUCGUACAGCCACCGGUACGUGCAGGAACAUAUAAUAAAACAAAUGAAAUCACUCAGAAUAGAGCCAAUUAACGUAAACAUAAGCCAUAAAAAGAAAAAACGAAGCCCAACGAAACCGUCCAAACAAGAGAGGAUACAAUGCGUGGAGUAUUACAACGACCAAGCUGAAUGCUUGAAAGAAAUAAGACAGAAAAAGUUAGAAGAAGAAAAGAAACACAAAGAAGAUAAGAAACAAAAGAGCAGAGAAGAAGAAAGAGAAAAGAGGGAAGAGAAACGGCUUAAGGAAGAACACAAACAUGAGAAAGAACAUAAGCACAAAGAAGAACAGAAGAGAAAUGUGGAAACUAAACUCAUGGUGAUGGAAAAGAAAGUACACCUACAUCAGGAACCAAGUGAAGAAUCAACAGAUCUAGAAACCAACUACGUUCCUGGUUGUCAUAAGUGUUUUCUGGAGAACUACGCCUACGCUAUCACAAAAGCGUACAUGGCAGAAGCGAACGCGUGUAAAUACUGUGAGGUGAUUAGGGAAAUGUUGGAAGUGCCUAAGAAUGCGAGUAGGCGGGGCUCGGCGCCGGCGCUGGUGAACCUGGACAGCGGCUCCUCGGAGACGGAUGAAGAGGAGCUUCUGAUGGUCCCCGUAACGAAGGAUAGGAGGAAGUCGGCGGGGAUUCUGAAGUUUCCUAUGUCCUCGAGAAGACCAAGCUACGCCCCGCCGACGAUGACGGUGACGGUGUCUGCAGAGCGGCGCGCGGACGCGCUGUCGGCGCAGCGCUGGGGCUCGCCCCGGCAGGUCACGCUCAAGCGCUGUCCCGGCGCGCCGCUGGGAGUCAGCAUCGUUGGAGGCAAGGUUGAUAUAAUCUCCAAUCGAGAUGGUGAGGACGGUGAAGAGAAAGCCAUAUUCGGUAUUUUUAUCAAGAAUGUCGUACCGGGCAGUCCUGCAGGGAACUGUGGAGAAUUACAGACAGGUGAUAGGAUCUUGGAGGUGGACGGCGCGUGCGUGCGGUCCGCCCAGCACGAGCGCGCCGUGCAGCUCAUCAAGGCGGCUGGAGACACCGUCACGCUCACCGUGCAGAGUCUGCUCGCAUGGAACACAGACUCUUCGGACGUGGAAGCGUCAUCCCCGGCAACAUCGCCUGCGCACUCAGUCAAGAAGUCACCAGCGCCGCGCACACCUAAAGAAACAACACCACAGCCUGAGAUAAAGAUAACGGUGACAUCAGAUUUGGACGUGGAGAAAGCAGCUGAUGAUAUACCAGAGAAGCCAGGAGACCAGGAACCGGAGUCCAAGCCAGAGUAUUCUGAUUCCGAGAGCAGUGACGAAGAGGAUGAGAGAGAACUGCAGGGCAGGACUUACUCUGAUAAAGGAGUGGAGAUUGACCGAGCAUCAGCCGGAGCAGUAAAGCGCACCAAAGAAGAGAAGGAAGCGGAUCCAGAAGAAGAAGAUGACUUCGGUUACACAACAAAUAAAAUCCGCAAGAAGUAUGCAGGGCUCGGUGACACGGUGGUCUCAGUGCGGCUGGAGCGGGCGCCGCGCGGGGGUCUGGGCCUCAGCCUGGCAGGCCACAGGGACCGCAGCCGCAUGGCCGUGUUCGUCUGUGGCCUGCACCCUGCCGGCGCCGCAGCUAAGGCCAGUCCACCGGUCAAGGUCGGAGAUGAGAUUUUGGAGGUGAACGGCAUCGUGUUGCACGGGAGAUGUCAUCUUAACGCUUCGGCUAUCAUCAAAGGACUGGUCGGGCCUGUUUUUAAGAUCAUAUUGUUAAGACGGAAAGCGGCCUUAGAAGACGUAGCGGUCAAGCCCCUGACUCCUGCGCAGUUCCCGGUCGCUUUGGAAGAAGAGUCGGAGGACCGGUUUGCUGGUUACAAAGGAGUCAGAGAUAUCACCAUCAAAAAGGGUCCAUCUGGUCUCGGCAUCAUGAUCAUAGAGGGUCGCCAUACGGAGGCCGGCCGGGGUAUCUUCGUGUCAGACCUGCAGGAGGGCAGUGCCGCUGAGCAGGGUGGUCUUCAGAUCGGAGACAUGCUGCUGGCUGUCAACAGAGAUUCCUUACUAAACUGUAGUUAUGAUGCGGCAGCGGCGAAGCUCAAGCAGACGGAAGGCGUGGUGGUGCUGACUGUGUGUACCCCCAACCUCAAGGACGAUAAGGAUGACCCCAACGCGCCGGCAACACCACCCGGCGCGGCGUCUAGCGGCGCGUCCCGGCCGCCGAGCCGCGCGGACCCCGCGCUGGGCGCCGCCAGCCGGCCGCAGACGCCCAGACCCGCACCUUCACCGGUUAAAGUGGAGCCCCCACCAGACCCGGCGACAUGUCCGAUCUUGCCCAACGUGGAUCAGCACAUCGAGAUCAACUCCGGUAACGAUGUACUAGGAGUACAGCUGCUAGGUGGCAGUGAUACACUCAUCAACGGAGCAGCAGCAAUAAUCCUAGACAUUUACCCCAACGGCGCGAUCGGGAAGGACGGCCGCUUGAAGGUCGGAGACCAGAUCCUCGAGUGCAACGGCGUUGCCAUCACCAAGGAGAUGGCGCACGAGCGACUCUGCCUCACCAUCAAGCAGAAAACUGCUAAGCUAAAGCUGCUGAUACACCGGCCAGACCCGCCUCGCUUCGCGGAGGUGGAGGUGGAGCUGUCGCGCAAGGCGGGGCGCGCGCUGGGCCUCACGUGCGUGGCGCCCGUGCAGGCCGCCGGCGUCUACCUCGGCCCGCCGUUGCCCGGUUCCCCUGCAGAGCUGGAUGGACGUCUUCAGAAGGGCGACUUCUUAGUGGCUGUGGACGGCAAGGACGUGUCCACAGCAGACCUCAUGGGCGCGGCCACAGCCCUCAAGCUGUGUGCCAACAAGGCCAGCAUCAAGGUCAAGCGGUUCAAGACCGUGAGGUAAUUCAAAGGACCAACAGUUUUGGUGUCACCUUCAAGCACGGAUCGAAGGACCAGAAACUUGAAAGCUUCGGGCUGAAUGUGAUAAGGAUCCGAACAACCCCGGUUUUUGGAAGGCUGAUCAAUUGAUCGUUAUAAAUCAACCUACAAAACUUACAUCCUUCCAAUGUGCUUAAAAUUGUUGAAGAAGUUUUGUGUGUAUCAGCUUUCGAGAAACCGGCUGUGAGUGUUAGAUAGUUCACUAGAAAAUGUAAAUAUAAUGGCAAAUGAAAAAACAUUUGCGUUCUUAGAUUGUAAGGAAGAGAUCUUUAUAAAGGCAGUUAUUUAUUUCAAUAACGAAUUACCAAGAUCUGAUGCAGAUGCCGUAAAGAGUUAAGAGGAAGUUAGAUUUGUUAGACCAACGAAUAGAAAGAAAUCUCCGUAAUUAUAAUGGUCAAGUUCUUAUUUAUUGUCUAUGAAAUAGUAAAAAAAACACAUCCGAGAAGCGUGCAUUAUGGAUGACUGUCGAAUAUUCAUUAAUAGUCAUUUGACGGGCAUUGAGUUUAUACAAAAAAUAUAGAUUGCACUACCAAACAAAGUCAAAGAAACACCAAAUUAAUGUAUUUUGAAAUUAAAUUACACAAAUGAGAUUAUGUAGGACUUACAAUAGUAUUAAAGUGUAAUUAGUUGGCGGUGUUUGGGAAUAUUCAUACACAUUUUUCAACACAUUUUUGCGCGUGGUCCUGCAUGUGUUGUUUGUGUAUCUAAUCGGUUAUACAAGAAAGCUGUUUAAGUUUGCUGUUGUACAUGUAACUGUUGAACAUGGGGCCGCGGGCAAAAAUGAAUUGAAAUCACUCUACAAAACAGUGACACCAAAACUAGGUAAUCAAAACUAAUGUUUCUAUAGACAGUUUGCAGAUACAAAUACCUAUUAAAUAUAAUGUAAUUAUAAAGCAAUUGACUUGUAAAACAGCUUCUUUGGGGACAAAGGACCAGAAUAAAUUAAAAUCUAUAAAAUAGUACUAAAGGCAUUUAGCUUUAAGAUAGAUAAACGAGUAGAUUUUAUUAAAAUGUAAAAUAUACGAAAUAAUUAAAUUAAAAUAAAACUAAAGCCUUCUAACUCGGUCCUUUGGAAUUCUUAAGGCUUGUUAAUUUAAAACGUAUUUUGUAUCGUAAGAUAGGUUUACAAAUUUUUGAUCUGCAAACUCGUCAUAAUUUAGACUAAAAUCUAGGCCAAAUUUAAUACCUAGUAGUUAUUCUGUAGUUGAUAACAGUGGUUACAAGUGAUAGACAAUAAAUUACACGCAUUCGAACGCUUUUUAAAUACAACCUCCUCUUAAAGCCUGUAGCGAGUGUGGGAGCGGGAUGGUGCGCUACGCGGUGUAGAGCGCCAUCUCUUUUCAACAACUGCAGUUAUAGGAGGUUGCGGCAGGCCUUGCUUUUCAGCAACCGGGAUCUUAAGACCCAUGUCGAUUCAUUAUAUUUUGUUCAAAAUAAAAUAGUUAUUUAUUGCAACAAAUAAAGAACAGUACUUUACCCCCACUGAAGUAAGACUUGUAAGAAAGAGAUAGCGCUCUACGUUGUCUAGCGCACUAUCUCGCUUCAUUAACUGCAAAAAAGAUACUUUAAGAGCUAUGUGAUUGCAUUAUAUUAUUUUCGGUACUAAACAUUGCAAUAGACAAAAAACUAAGUGAGAUAGAAUAAUGUAAGUUACUGUCACGUAAAUUAAGAAAUAUAAGUGAAAAGAAUGUAGAGCCUAUUACAAGAUACCAGUAAUAAAAUAUACCAGCCUCUGAACGUCCCACUGUUGGGCAUAGGCCUCUCCCGUUUAGGGGACGCUGGACAUUUGACGCCAGUACAAUAUUUUAUAGAUUUUGCUUAUUAUUUAGAUGAUUUGAUGAGAUUUAAAUCUAAGUUUGCUUUAAGGCCGAAAAAACCCUUAUUUUGUAGUCUUAUCUCAGUAUUUUAGAUUCGCAAAUAUUAUAUUUUAGUGCAAGGUUUUUGAAAUUAUAUCAAAAAUAUAUUUUUCUUAUUCAAGGAGUUUUGUGAAUACCAGUCUUUUUCAAAUAGGUACUGCUUUUGUGAAUGGAACACUUUAAUUUUCAAAUUUUACUACUUCAAUAAAUGUUGGUCAUUCAGUACAAUUUAUCAGAUUAUUACGAGUUUGCAUGGGAUGUCCAUUUUUUUUAAGAAACUUUUUUGAGGCUUAUUUAGCAAAGUUUAGUCGCGCGUAUUCCUCGGGGGUCGCGAGUCGAACUGACUUCUACUCAGUCACCGUGUCAGCUCAUGAGCAAGGAAUCGAAUUAAGUCCGAAACUAGUCGAGCUAUCUUGAUGAAUACUCGUGAGUCAGGCAUUGUAUCAUUAAAGUACCAUAAUUUUUUCUUUAAAAUGUAUUGUGCUUAAAAUAUUACUUCCAUUCACAAAAGCGCUAUUAAAAACAUGAUCCGGGAUCUGGACAGACACGUUUUUAUUAGAAAAAAAUAUGCGGUUAGUUAAAGUUUUAACACAAGGAUUAUAUAAGUGCCAGUUAACGCAAUAAAAAAUACUAUAGAACACAUUAGGUAAUAAAAACUGAAAGUACAUUAAAUCUAGUCGUUUAUAGAUGUGUUUAAGUUGCCUUCUAGGUUACAUCCACUGUCGCUAGAAGCUAGUGUCCUGUACUAUUAGGGUAAGUACCAAGUUGGCACUAUUAGGUCACGCACUUAGUGAUACGAGCCUUCGUUACAAUGAGAAAGAUGAAGGAGAAUAUGUGUGAACAAGUAAUGUGGACUUAAGUGUGUAACAGAUAGAAGUUGGAGUUAGAAGUUUAAAAAAUUAUAAAAUCUGAAUAAUUUCAUGUCGAUGUGAUUUUGGUUUAAACACUAAUAUGCUGACUAAAGGGCCAAGAAACAAGGCCAAUAACGAACAUUGUGAAACAAAUUAAAGCAACGUCUCAAACAGUUGGAAUAUCAUAAGUAAAAAAAAUCUAAGUUAAAACACUAUUACACUUCUUUGAUUCACCAAUAGUUUACUUAUUUAUUUAUCGUGACUCCACUUUUAUCUGAUUGACAUUCAGUGGCAAUAUUAAAGCAACACACAUUGUUUGUUACUUAUCCUUAAAACGUAUAGUAAAAGAAAACAAAUUUAUAUUUGCCGGUGGAGAAAAUCGGAACUAAACUUGUUGUAAACGUUCGAAGCUCAGAAAAAUUGUACACCGCCAACGAAAUCCUUACAGUCUUCUGAAAAAAGAAAAAACUCACCGUAUGAUACAAAAAGGAAUUAAAUAUAGGUAGUUUAAAAUCAUAUUUGGUUAACGUUUUAAACGACAAAUAUUCUUAAAUUAAGUUUUCAUGGUUCAAAAAUGAUUAUUCGAUGAAAAUCUGACUUAGAAUGUGAUGGAAAAAUAUAAGCUCUAAGUUUAUCAAUAUUUUGAGUCGAUGUUAAGUCAAAAGGGUCUCGACAAUGGUAAAUAUUUUGGUGAGUCUCUUUUAACAGCUGUGGAUUUAAUGACAGUGAUACUAGCGCCACUCACCGGUAAAGAUAAGUUUGUAGUAUUCUAUUUAGUAUAAAUAUUUAUUGUAAAAUUGGUAUUAAACGAUGUUAUACUAAUAUCAUGAAGUAACUAUGUAAUUAAGUAAACUGUCUGAAGUAAUAAAAUAUAAUUAUGCUUAAAUAAUGUUCUAGAAAGAGAACGCCGUAUUUUUUUUUCUUCAAAAUAUUUGUUUUAUUUACUUUUUAGA